AUGUCCAAAGAAGGUGUGAAGAUAGUCAUAAUAAAUACAGAAUAUAUACAAACAGAUGCAAGCAGCUUCAAAUCUGUAGUUCAAAAAUUUACCGGCAAGAAUUCUUCUUCUCCGGCGCCGGCAAAGGUUACGCCGGCGGCAUACCGCCGGGGAUAUGAUCAUGGUGAUGACAAUAAGUUGUUGAAGGAUUUGUCUCCUCUAGAUGAACUUCUUGGCCUUUAUGCAAAUGAAGUAGUACGUGAUCGAUGA